UCUAGGGCUUUUCCUUGCAGCACGGUUUUUACCUUGAUCACCCCUUUGGGAGAGAGAGACAGAUAGAGAGAUCCGAAGAGAUGGGCGUUUUUGCUACUGAUAAUCCAUGGGUUUUCAUCUCUGGUCUCCUAGGUAACAUUUCCUCCUUCGUGGUUUUCCUAGCUCCACUACCUACUUUUAUCCGAGUUUGUAAGAAGAAAUCAACGGAAGGUUUCCAAUCAGUUCCAUAUGUGGUUGCACUCUUCAGUGCGAUGCUUUGGAUGUACUAUGCCUUCGUCAAGUCGGGAGCUUUCCUUCUUGUUACUAUUAAUUCCUUCGGUUGUUUCGUAGAGACCGCUUACAUUGCUAUCUAUAUUGCUUAUGCACCAAAGCAAGCCAGGAUGUUCACGUUGAGGAUACUUCUGUUGAUGAACUUUGUGGGAUUCUGUUCCAUUCUUCUUGUUUCCCGCUUUUUAGCAAAAGGAUCGAACCGAGCCCAAGUCCUUGGAUGGAUCUGUGUCGCCUUUGCUACAAGUGUAUUUGCAGCACCUUUAAGCAUCAUCAGGCAGGUUAUACGUACCAAAAGUGUGGAGUUCAUGCCGUUUUAUUUAUCAUUUUUCCUCACCCUAAGUGCCAUUACGUGGCUUCUUUAUGGCAUAUUCCUUAAAGACUUGUAUAUUACGAUUCCAAAUGUUCUGGGUUUCAUCUUUGGGUUGCUACAGAUGGUGCUGUAUGCAAUAUAUAGGAACUCCAAGGUGGUAACCAAGGAGGUAGAGGUACCAGAACAUAGCAUCGAUGUUACCAAACUGAGCACAGUUAUGAAUUCUGAGGUGCAGGAAAUGAGUUCAGAGCCCGACGUCGCCCAUGAUAAAAGUAUUGGGAGCUGUAAGGUACAAAAUGAACACGAUCAAAGGGAGAAAAUCCUGGAGUUUGCUAACCCAAACCUGCUGCUAGGAAAAUGUGAAGCUUGA